UUCCACGCUGGAGGAGAGCUGGAGGAAAGAGGCUGUAGAAACGUAAUGAGACAUUUGUGAAAUAUGAGGAGAGAAAUUGCAGCCGUGGUGUUCUUCCUGAAGAGGCUUGUUAAGAAGGCGGACAAGUUGGAAUCUCACAAGAUCGACCUGUUUGUGGAGAGGCUGGCUGUUGCACUGCAGGAGAAGUUCAAGGGGCACUGGUACCCGGAAAACCCCAGCAAAGGACAAGCAUACAGGUGCAUCAGAGUGAACAGGUUCUACAGGGAGGAUCCAGAGCUUCUUCGGGCCUGCCGAGAGAGCGGGGUUCGGUAUGAUGACCUGGGACUGUCCCGUGAAUUCACACUGUGGGUGGACCCUGGGGAGGUCUGUUGCAGGUGCGGAGAGCAUAAUUUUUGCUUCUCAGUGGCCACCUUCUCUAACAACGAGGAGGAGGACAAAGAUGUUGCAAAGGUGACCAGUGCUUUGGAGAGGGUGACCUCAGACUACCACUCGGGGUCUUCCUCUGACGAGGACAGCACGCGCACUUCCCCCCUCACCGUCCCCAACAGACGCUCUACUUACCAGGGGACAUAUCCACCUGCUCCCACGUGGCAUCAUAAGAAGAAAUUCCCAGGAAAUGUUCCCAUCCUUCCACGUCCUCACUACGGCUUCAGGCCUCGCGGCAGAGCCAACCACACUCUAAGGCCUAAUCUGUGGGUCCCCCGUAACUAUGGAGGAGGGCCCGGCUACUGGGACCCUUCCCAAAAUUAUUAUUGUUGAUUAAACCCUGAAGACAACUUUAAAAUGACUGAAUGAUGAUUUUCUUUUUUUAACAUAAAUUUUAUAGAUUAUGAAUUGUUUUUGACAAAAAAAAUUAAUCUUUUUUCGCACUUUAGACCAAUUGUUGUACUUUGAAUAGAUCACUUGUAUUAUAUUAGAUAAUGAAAUUGGAAUACUACACAUUUUGAAGUACUGUAUUUUUACAAUGGGAGACGUUCAUGUAUGCCACAUACUUUGUCCUUUGUGAUAAAAUGUUUUAUUUAUUAGUGCAGAAUUGUCAGAUGUAUAGACUUUAAUAAAACUUCAUAAACUUAA